AUGAGUGAACCGCAAAAUAUUGAACAAAAAAAAGAAAGGAGACGUUCUAUUGCUUUAUUAACUAGAUCUCCACUAUCUCAUUCUCCAAAUCCAUCACCUAGGAAUUCAUUACCUAAUUCUUACGUUAAUAAUUCAUCAUUUUUACGUAGUGAUAGUUAUAACAACAACAAUAACGAUUCUGCAAUUAUGGAAAACUAUUCUGAUCAUUCAUCAUCUUCGGAACAAAGGCAUUCUACACCAAUUUCAAAUAGAGACAAUCUUGAUUUAUCUAAUGGCAUAGAUAAUCCAGAAUUAAUCAAGAAAAUUGCAAAACAUUUACCUACAGAUUUUGAUUCAUUAAAUCAGGAAGGUGCAGAUAUAACAAGAGAUUUAUACAAGAUCAAAGAAGAUGCGCAAAGAAGACCAAACUUGAAAAAAUCAAAAAGUUGUGAUUCUUUAGGCUCCAAUUCUGUCAGAUCAAGAGCUUCUUCAUUCAAUGUUCCGGGAGGAUUUCGUCGUGAAUUCUUAUUGAGUCAGCAAAAUAACCCAAAUAUUGAAUCAUUACGUACAACCACUCCGAAUUUCUUGACUAAAAAUUUUAUUGAGUUUUUAAGCAUCUAUGGACAUUUCGCAGGUGAACAAUUAGAAGAUGAUGAGAAUAUCACAAACCACUAUAAAUAUUUAUUACCUUCAGAAGGUGGGGAACAAGAACCAUUGAUUUCUAGGAAUAAUUUCAACCCUAGAGGUACAGCAACAGAUAGGAAAGCAUAUUUUUUAUUAUUAAAAGCAUUUGUUGGAACUGGGGUGCUUUUCCUUCCUAAAGCGUUCGCCAACGGUGGGUUGUUGUUUUCGAUUGGGUUGUUGGCAUUUUUUGCAUUGCUUUCAUGGUGGUGUUAUACUAUUCUUGUAUAUACCAAAAUGGCAACUAGGGUAUCAAGUUUUGCUGAAAUUGGUAUGAAAUUAUAUGGUCCAUGGUUGCAAAGACUUAUCUUGUCUUCGAUUGUUAUUUCACAAAUUGGAUUUGUUGCUGCAUAUAUUGUAUUCACCCUGGAGAAUCUUCGAGCAUUUGUUGCCAAUAUUACUGGUUGGAAUCCUUUGGAUAUUAACAUUAUAUGGUUUAUUAUACUACAAGUUUUGAUUGUGACUCCAUUAUCACUAAUCCGUGAUAUUACCAAAUUAUCCUUACUGGCAGUCUUGGCCAAUAUAUUUAUAUUCACAGGUCUAUUUACAAUAUUGUAUUUUAUGAUAUUUCAAUGGUUAGGCGUAAAUAAUGGGAAGUUUGGAUCCGGAAUAGUUUAUUAUUUCAAUCAAUCUGAAUUUUCUUUAUUUAUUGGUACUGCCAUUUUUGCAUUUGAAGGUAUUGGAUUAAUUAUUCCAAUUCAAGAAUCGAUGAUUCAUCCAAAUAAUUUUCCUAAAGUCUUGGGACAAGUUAUAUUUUCUAUAACUAUUAUAAUGGUUAUUGUUGGUGGAUUAGGAUAUUUAACUUUUGGAGAUGAAGUCAAUACUGUUAUAUUAUUAAACCUUCCACAAGAUUCCCCAAUGGUUAUUCUUACUCAAUUAUUAUAUUCAUUAGCUAUUUUAUUAUCCACACCAUUACAAUUAUUCCCAGCUAUUAGAUUACUUGAAUCGAAAUUAAUCUUUGGUAGUGGCAAGAGCUCACCAGGGAUUAAGUGGUUAAAAAAUCUAUUCCGAACAGUUUUUGUAUUAUUCACAGCAUAUAUUGCAUUUGUUGGUGGUCAAAAUUUAGACAAAUUUGUUUCAUUUGUUGGAUGUUUUGCAUGCAUUCCAUUGGUUUAUAUGUAUCCACCAAUAUUACAUCUUAAAAGUUGUUGUAAGAUUCAUGAUGGUUUACUGGAGAAAGAAAAAUCAACAAGAUAUUGGUUAGCAGUCUUGGAUUAUAUCUUGUUGAUUAUCGGUGGUGUUGCAUUUGUUUAUACAACUAUUCAAAUUUUAUUUACAUAA